CCCGAACGCGCCGGGACGCAUCUGGGCGCUCGGAACAAAAAUGACACGGAACACCCGUACCUGUACGCCCGCCCGCGGUAACACGACCGCUCCUCGACAUGUCACGGAGUUGCCGUAUGCCGCUGCCACCACCGGCAUCAUGUAGCCUUCAGGGGCAGGCAAAUGAGAGGUCCGAAGUCACGGAGAGCUUCCAGAUCCAGUCCCCCCAGGACCAGCGCGUCGCAUCUCGCCGCUCCGAGACAAGCCCCGCCAUCAGCUUUUCCCCUCUCCCCCGAUGUGGUGGUUGCCGUCCUGCAUGCAUCGUGUCCAUAUCAGACGGAUGGAUGGUAUGGGAGGGACAGCAGCAGCAUGCGAGGGAUGAGGAAAGGAGGGCUACGGGCGAGGCUGUGGUCGUCCACUGGAUAGGACGCGCCCAUGUCCCCUGUGCGCCGGCGCCAAAACUAGAAAGUGGCCGCGGCGGCAUGCGGCCGGGUGUGGCCAUGGGUUGA